AUGUCGAAAAUAGAAAAGAUGAGAAUAUGCGGGUUAGUGUUAUUGAUUUCGGUCAUGUAUCAGGAACAUUUGGGCUUACUGGUUUCCGAUAGGGUGCGGUCCUUUGAUCACAAGGGUUGGGAGAAUAUCUCUUUCAACACUCCUCUAACACUCAUUGUUGGGCUUAAUGGUUCGGGAAAGACUACAAUCAUCGAAUGUUUGAAAUAUGCAACCACUGGCGCACAACCACCAAAUAGCAAGGUUGGAGGAGCUUUCAUUCAUGAUCCAAAACUUUGUGGGGAGAAGGAGGUACUGGCACAAGUCAAACUCUCGUUUCAAAGUACGACAGGAUCGAGAAUGGUCAUCACAAGAAGUAUGCAGCUCACGGUUACGAAGACAGCGAGAAAGAUGAAGACUCUAGAUGCAGGAUUGAUGGUCAAUAACGGCGGCGAGAGAACUGCUGUGUCUCACAAAGUUGGAGAAAUCGACAAAAUUAUGCAAUCAGCUUUGGGCGUUUCUGAAGCCGUUUUGGACAAUGUUAUCUUCUGUCACCAAGAUGAUUCACUAUGGCCGAUGAGCGAGCCUUCACAUCUCAAGAAGAAAUUUGACGACAUUUUCGAAGCUACAAAAUACACCAAAGCUGUCGAUAGCCUCAAAUCUUUGAAAAAAGAUUAUGCUCAGCAAAUUAAAGGCAUGAUUGCGGAGGAGGCGAUUGCCAAGGAUAACAAGGAUAAAGGAGAAAAAACCAAGAGUCGUUGCGAAGAACUUGCUUCUCAAAUUGAUCAGUUGUCAGAGGAGGCUCUCAAAGACAAAGCCAACAUGGAAGCAGUUCGAGAGGUGGUUGACGCAAAACAGAGACAGGCGGCCGAAUUUUGGGAAUUGGUUCAAAAGCUCAGGACCAAUAAAGAAAGAGUCAAAUUCAGUGAAGAAAAUCUAGAAUCGCUUCAGAAGAGAAUCAAGCCACUUUCUGAAUCGGAUGAAUGGCUUAAGUCAACCUUAGAUCAAUACGCGGAUCGAAUACUAGAAAUGGAGCAACAAGAUGAGCAAUUGCAGAACCAAUAUCGAGAUCAGCAACAGAAGAUGUCAGCAAACGCCAGCGAACUUGGCAAAAAGCAAGCAGAAUUAGGUCGGCAGCAAGCCCUGAAACAAGCCUACGAAGAAGAACUUGAAUCUAGAGUUCAGCUAGUCAAGAGUUCUGCCUCUAAGCAUUCCAUUCGAGGUUAUGAUGACGACAUCAAUGAGUCUCGGGUGAAUGAAUUUAUGGAAAGAAUCAAGAAGCUCUCUCGUGACAAGGAGCGUGAUUUGGAGCGGGUUAAGGCGGCCACUAAUGACGAAUUAAAAAGCGUCCAGACCACACUGACGGAGCUUCAGAAUCAGCACGCAAUACGUGUUCAAGAAAAGGUGACCGCGAAGCAAACUAUUUCUAACAACGAUAGGAAAAUGGGCCCUAAAAAAACAGAACUUGGCUUUAUCCAGUUCGACGAAGGUGAUAAAACCGGCCUUGAAUCAUCCUACAACGAGACCAAAGAUCUCCUGGAAAAGAUUCGGGCUCAAUUUGAACGUGCUGGCUGGGAGCAUCGCAUCAACGCUAGUAAUGGACGUUUGCGGGAGUUUGAAGACGAAGAGAAAUCACUUAGAAAAGAGGCUUUUGAAAUCAAUAAACGUUCUAAUGACCGUGCUCAGCUUGAUUAUGUCAUUGGAGAACUGAAAAAGACCAAGGGAAAACUAGACACCAUGAAGGCGACCCACGGCUCGAAGCUUGAUUCAAUUCUUGGUCCAGACUGGCAAGUCGAUACCCUUGGGAAGGAUUUCCAACAUGCACUAGAUCGAGAGAAAGAUGAAGUUGCAGAUGCAACAAACGAGCAAGAAGCUGCCAAAAAAUCCUACUCUGAAGCGGGAUUCCGGUUCAAUGCAGUUCGUGACGACCUCAAAGCCAAGAAGGAUCAGUUAAAAUCCUGCGAGAACGCAGUACUCACUUCGGUCAGGGAUGAAGAUGGCAGACCAUUAGUUAGCAUCGAAGAAUAUCCCAGAGAGCUGAAUCAGUUGGAGGAGGAGCGCGAUGAGAUCCGGGAUAAUAUUGAUGGUUUCAAACACAAGAUCGAUUAUUUCACUCAAUGCCUAAAUACUAUUCAGACGAAAGACAUGUGCAAACUUUGUGAGAGGGCGUUUGUGGAAGAAGGACAUCGCUCAGCAGCAAUGAAGAAGAUUCAGAAACUUCUCAACAAGGAUGCUCGGGAAACUUUGCAGGGACAGUUAGAGAUCCACAACGAACAAAUCAAAGUCGCAAAAGCUGCUCAAUCACAGUAUGAUAUAUACCAAUCUCUCAAAGACGAAAUCCCAAGGAUAGAGCAAGACCUCAAAAAGGCGGAUGAAGAAAAACAGAGAUUGCUUGAAGAAGUCGAGCAUCAUGACAGUAUCGUCGAGCGCAAGAAUGCUAGACAAAGAGAUGUUGAGUCUCUUACCAAUAUAAUCUCCUCUAUCAUUAGGUACAACAGCGAUAUCACGGACCAUGAGGCAAAAAUCGAUAGUUUAUCCUCGCAGCAAAAUAUUGCUGGAAGCAUCAUUACUGCUGAUGAAAUCCAAGAACGUCAGACAGCCUGUAGUGAGAAUAUGCGGGAGGUUAGAGAACAACUGACUAAAGUUUUGUCCGAGAAGGAUGCAGCCAAAGACAAGAUAAACGAUAUGGAGCGUGAUCUGUCUCGUAAAUCGCAAAGACUUCGAGAUGUCAUUCAUGGAUUAGCAAAGAAAGAAGCUUUGCAAAAGGAGAUUGAUGAGCUUCUCGACAGCAAUUCACAGCAGCGGGAAGCAAUCAAUCGUGCUGAUACCGAGCUGGAGACUCUAAAGCCGAAAAUUGACACUGCGAAGGCUAAAUACGAAGAUAUUCAACAACAAGGUCAUGCAAAGGAAAGAGAAGUCCGAUCUCAAAAGGAAAAGCUAGCAGACACUGUCCGUCAAUUCAUGCAGCAUGAGAAAAAUAUCAAUGGAUACAUUGAUAGCAAUGGUCCUGAAAAGCUUUCUGCUUGCCAGCGAGCAAUCAAUUCAAUUCAACAAGACCAGGAGCGUAUUGAGGAAAUAAUGGCCCGGAUUACUACCGAGUUAAAUGCACUUCGAGCUAAAAAGAGUGAUUCGGAUCGGCUAAAGACAAAUAUCAGCGACAACAUCCUAUAUCGUCAAGAAUUGGCUAAACUUGAGGUAUACAAAAAACAAACCAUUGAAUUAGAAGCACAGAAUGUGGAAGGAAACUUCGAAACUUUAACAAAGGAGGCCGAAAAAAUAGAAGCAAAAUUCUACGACCAUCGCCGUCUUUACCAGCAGAAAACAGCUGUUCUUGCAGAGAAAGAUCAAAAUUUGGCACAAUACUUACUUGAGUGGGAUCUUAAUUACAAGAAUGCCAGGACGGAGUACCGCACUGCUAUGAUUAAAGUUAAGACCACAAAGGCUGCUAUCGAUGAUUUAGGCAAGAUGAUUACGGCUAUGGACAAAGCAAUUGUGAAAUUUCACAGUGUGAAAAUGGAGGAAAUCAAUCGAAUUGCUGGUGAACUUUGGCAGACUACCUACCAAGGUACGGAUGUCGAUACAAUUAUGAUUCGUUCGGAAAAGGAUGAAGGCGAGACAGCAGCUGGUAACAAGAAAACAAACUAUAAGUAUCGAGUGGUGAUGGUAAAGCAAGAUGUUGAAAUGGAUAUGCGUGGUCGUUGUAGUGCAGGUCAGAAGGUUCUAGCUUGUAUCAUUAUCCGUCUAGCGCUAGCAGAAUGCUUCGGUAUUAAUUGCGGUCUCAUCGCAUUAGAUGAACCCACGACGAAUCUAGAUCAAGAUAAUAUCCGCGCACUGGCGGAAUCUCUUCAUGGUAUCAUUAAAUCCCGUCAACAGCAAGCGAAUUUUCAACUUAUUAUUAUUACUCAUGAUGAGGAAUUUUUAAAGGUCAUGCAGUGUUCGGAUUUUUGUGAUGAUUUUUAUCAGGUUUCGAGGGAUCAGGAACAGAAUAGUAAGAUUGAGAAGAUUCCGAUUGCGCAGGUUAUGGAGGGGAAUUGA